AUGAUACCCCACGUGGAUGGACAUAAAGACGAACAGGAGGAGGACCACAUACCGUUUGCCAUAGAAAAUCCAAAAAACGUAAAAUGGUACGACCAAGUCCUCCUGAAUCGACCUCUGAGGGUAGUGGUAGUAAUGCUUAUAGUAGCAAUACUAGUCCCAGUUCUAAUGUACCGAUACGUCUUCUUCCCAACACUUGAACUAGCGCCAACAGAUGGCCUAUCAAUGGGUUCCUGUGUAGUUGCUAGAGACGCAAGACUUCCAUGUGGAAGAGAAUCGGUACCACCAGAAGAAUGUCAUCCACAAUGCUGUUACGAUAAUACCAACCACUUAUGUUAUCAUCGAUACCCUUCGAGAUUCUCCUAUCUACUCCGAGAAGAGUGGACAGAAAGAUUGAACAUGACACCACGAACUCUAUCCCUACCAUAUGGUUCAAGUACAAGCGUCAGAAACAUCAGGUUGUCCAUCAACGAAGUGUCAGCUUCCCAUCUCACAUUAACCUUCCAUCAGUCCACUGACAUAAUAGGCAGAAGGAUACAUGAGAAGAAUUAUAACUACGAAGUGAUGCGUCCAGAAUUAAACAUUAUUGUCAGUUCAAAUCAAGGUGUAAUUUUCAAUACAGCCCGAGGACCUUUGAUAGCAUCAGAUAAUAUUUGGGAAUUGACUUUUAAACUCACAGAUGAAACGCUUUAUGGAUUGGGUGAAAUUCCUUUAGAACCGGGUACUGUGAAGGUUAUUUAUAAUCAUAAAGGAGGGUUAAGUUCCAUUCCUUUAAUAUUUGCUAAAUCUAAUGGUUCCUAUCAUGGACUACUGAUAGACACAAUAUCACCAACAGAAGUGAUUGUGAGAAGAGACAAUCAGUUGGUCCUUCGCAGUAUAACGAAUUAUGGAUUAAAGAUACAUUUGUUCGUGGGACCAGAACCUGCUGAUAUAAUGAGGGAUGCAAUGGAUACUAUAAAAGUUAAGAAAAACUUGGAGUAUUGGAUGUUGGGCGCUCAUAUUUGUAGGGAAGCAGUACAGGAUGAUCCUUUAGCAGACUUAAGAACGUUCCUAUCAACAGCCACUUCCCAAGAGGUACCUUUUGAGAGCCACUGUGGUGCCUUGCCGAUUGUGUUUGAUACGCAAUGUAAUUCUGAUAUGGUGCAUGUUGUCAACCAAGGCUCAAUUCUAGUCAAAAGUGCUGGAAAGAAAUUUGUACCUCAAGUUUCUCCUUACAUAAAAUACACACCACCGCCAGCAGAAAGCGACGAAGAAGAAGGUACUACAGAAAAUAUAGAACCAAAAACUAAAACAACUAUUAUGGCAGAAGACAGAUGUUUUGAUGACGAGAAAUUUGACCAGUACAUCAUUCGAGACCCUGAUUCCUCCAGUCCAUACAAAGGCAAAGCUAACGGUUAUGAUAUCAUCUAUCCUGGAUUCUCAAGAGGCAGUGAUGACUUCAUGAAUGCUUUAUGGAAUUACAACACAGAUUUCGAUGGCAUCAUUUUGGAAAACACCUGGCCAUUAGACGAAUAUGAAAAAGAUUUUAGUGACAUACAGGAUCAUUUGCCGUAUUUCAGUGAUAGUUUUGAAGACGCCUUCCAUUUAGUACCUCAAUGGAAUGCUUCACGUCCAAUUCGAGUUUUUGGGAGGGCACCGGCUAACGUAGAAUUCCCAGGAGAGAUGUACUUUAAGUCACACAAUGAUUAUGGCAAUCGAUUUGCCACCGCUUUCAGAGUGAUCAAAGGUUCUGUUCCUACACUAAGCACAAGUCCAUGGAUGAAUGGACAAGUUGCCAUCAACAGACAAGGUAUAUCAACUUCAUGGACAAAUCUUCGCAAGGAACUUGUUGAAGCAAGUUUGGGAGGUGUUUCUGGCCACUGGUACUGGUCAUCCCCUGUAUGUGGUGACACUGAUGAUUUUGACAAGAGUUAUCAAACCAGGCUAUGCGCUAAGUGGUAUAUGGCAGCCACAUAUAUGCCAAUGAUUAAGAUACACUCAAAAGUACACGAAAGAGAUCCUCUGGGCUUCGUCGGCACGGACAGAAGACAAAUGAUAAAAGCGUUAAAUAGGCGCCUUAGUCUAUUGCCAUAUUUCUAUACAACUCUGCAAGAAGGGCCUCUUUUAAGACCAAUGUUCUUUCAAUACCCUUCGAUUGAUAAUAUAACAGAUUUGACGACUCAGUUCGCAGUUGGAAAUGAUUUGUUGAUCGUGCCAAACUUGCAACCGAUGCAGACACACGUACAUGUAAGGAUGCCACCAGGCACGUGGUAUGAAUUCUGGAGUGGUUUGGAAAUAUUUGGAGCCGUUGGGGAAGCCGUUACUAUGACAACCACUGACGCAGACUUCUUUUCUCUAGUGCGCGCUGGUUCCAUCAUCGUCAUGCAAAAGGACGCGCAACUGACAGCAGAACUGACCCGUUUACAUUCCGGAUUUUCACUUCUGGUAGCACUUGAUUGCGACAGUACCCUCAGUACUGAUAAUGACGAAGAAAAAUUAACAACGGAGCCCAUAACGACAACAGACGAUGACAGUAUAUCUGAUGAUAGAGAGAAUACCAGCCCAGCAGCUCAUGGUGAAAGUGUAACAGAAAAAGUAACAGGACAAACUGAGGAUGGAGAAGUCUCAACCACUACACAAAGUGGUGAUCGCUUAGUGAGAGAAUGUGAAGCUACCGGCAAACUCUUCAUGAGCGAAAAAAUGUCCAUUUUAAUCAAGGCUACUGCUAGAACAGUCACAAUAUCAGCUUUAGGGAAAGAUUUUUCAGUAUUUUGCGAUCCUCAUGACGCAAUAUGGGCUAAAACUGUUAAUGAAAUCAUAGUAUUCGGUUUAGAUGAUGAAAAGAACAAUUAUGAUGAUUCAAGAGUUGUUAAGAUGACAAUAGAUUUGUGCGAACUGAUGGUUAAAGAAGAAAUCUCUUCUCGUUACCUUGGAAAUUAA